GCAGGUGGGUAGUGCGCGUGAAAUUUGAAUUGCUAAUUCAAGAAGACCGUUGCCUGUCACGGAUUUAAGUUGCAGCGUAGUUUAUCGUGCCAUGUGAGGAAUAUUUGCAAUAACAUAUCGCAAUCAAUGUUACGUGACAACCUUGACGUUUAAUUCCUAAUCACACUACUUAACGAUGCGAUAUCUACACGAGCUACGUUUGUACUAUUUUUCUAUUUAAUACUAUUCCCAAAGCAAACUAAAUUUUGGAUGCAUACAUUGGCACGUUAUCGUGUUACGUAAACAAGUCACGCUACCACCCAUCAAGCCAAUUAAAAUAAAAAAAUCUGCCUGACAUUUUAAAGAUUUUUCUACCACGUCCUUUUCUUAGUUUCAAGUUCGUGAUAUCAAAAAGAAAAAUCUCUUUAGUUGAAAUUCAUCCAGAUUGAACUUCCGAGCAUGCCGUCGAAUGGUCAGGUGUAUGUGAUAUGUUUACGUCGCCUAAAAAGCCUUUUUUUCUCAAAGAUCUACCGGCAGAUUGCAAAAGACUCUCAAAACCUGAUUUUGCAUUUAUCUUGGAAUAUUUCAACAAAAGCUUAUACCUUGUGUGGAUGUAAUAUGUUUCACAGUAUACACCUGUUUGUUUGUUUCCUACACACCUAACGUGAAAACCCAUUAAAACGCAGCUAGAAAACAACAUUUUAGCAUAUAUUUACUGCACACAAUAAAUGAGGACGUCAUGACGACUUGGUUAACACGCGAGCCGUUUUCUUAACUGACGCUCAGUCGUCUUUUGAGUUAACACAGAGAUUAUUGUCUCCGCAUUCAAAGAUGUUAGCUCUAACGGUGUUGAUGUUCGGCUUGCCAUCGAAUUAUGUUUUCAACAGCAAUCACAUUUUUGGAGAGGAUAGAAGACAAGAUUACGUGUUAUUUCAUCCGGAUUCGUACAGGCCAGCUCGAUUCAGACGUCCAACAUGGAUCGAAGAACAGUCCCAACCGAGGAGAUACUCGGAGAUGGAAGACGAUCCAGGUAACAAAGCGCUGUCUGGCUAUAUCGAUAAAUUAUCUUUGCUUCAAGAUCGGAUUCAUUCGAAUAGCAAAAAAAUGCUUUCGAAAAUGAGGAAUGUAAACCCGUUAUCAAGUUUUAUGCCUUGCACUGCAACGCGUGGCAAUUUGAGGUUCGAAACUGGAGUUUGUCUUCUUGCUCCAGUCUGUUCGUUUUACGGAGGCCGGCCAACGACAGGCAAUUCUUGUCGAAUGGGAUUAACCUGUUGCGUCAAUGAGAUUCCCAGUUGCGGUCAGUUGGUUACAUUCAAUAACACGUAUUGGCAAUCACCAAACAAAAUCAAUUCGGAAAGCAGUUGCAGUUUGACCGUCAAGUUAGAUGAAUAUCUCGUGGAACAAAGGAAACCCAUUUGUCAACUACGACUAGAUUUUUUAACGUUUUCAAUUGCCCAACCCAAUGCGGAAACUGUUUGUGAUGUGGACAACUUUAAAGUGAUUGGAGCAACCAAUAAAGUACCGAUAAUUUGCGGUGAAAAUCACGGACAGCACAUGUAUCUGAUGCUCCCGCGUAGUUCCACAACUGUGGACUUGCAAAUAACCAUCGGUAGUUCGACAACACAUCCUGUUUGGAGAAUCAAGAUUUCUAUGCUUUCAUGUGACUCUGAAUUCUUAGCUCCGGAAGGUUGUUUGCAAUAUUUUACAUCGCCAUCGGGGAUAAUCACGACGUUUAAUUGGAAAGACACGUCAGGUAGAACAACAAGGCAACUUGCUAAUCAAGAUUAUUACAUUUGUUUUAGGACAGAAACGGUACAAAGACAAUCAAGUUCGCAAAUCGCUACGACUUUAUGUCUAUCGCAAUGUCAUGUGGCCAAUGGUCUUUCGUUCAGCCUGUCCGGAGAUGUGGAAGAGACUAGCCAAAGAGCUGGAGCAAGAUCGUGUAGUAACGAUUACAUUGUCUUUCCUGGAGGAUUCAGUUUGCCACCGAGUGCUCCAUUGAACCAACGCGAUCGUUAUUGUGGGACUCUUCUUUCUCAAGCUGAAUCGUCUACCGUGUCUCAAACUAUUUGCAGUACUGCCAAGCCUUUUCGGUUGCUCUAUCGAACAAACGGUGACGAAAGAGUGUCCAGAAUGAAAGAUACUGAUCCGUUUUUAGGCAAUCAAGGAUUCUGUUUGAAUUUUGAGCAGAAACCAUCGUAGAAUACCCGUAAAAAAUGAUGUCAUUUGCCACGCAUUGAAAACCAAUGAACAUAAUUUAUUCUAAAGCUUCUUAAACAAUUUAAAGCACGUAGGACGUCAUGUCAAUUAACUUUAUUCAAGUUUGGCCGGUUUUUAACAUUUCCUCAUAAUACAAAAGUCAAUUCAUGCCAAA